AUGGCUGUCAUUUCGUACUCGAGUCUUGCUAUCCUCUUGGUACUGACAGGCUUGGGUGGCCUUGCAUCUCUGGUUAUCUAUCGCUUGUUCUUUCAUCCACUCUCCAAGAUCCCUGGGCCAAACGCUGCAGCCGUCUCUCGCCUUUAUGACUUCUACUAUGAUUGCAUCAAGGGAGGAAAAUUUGUGUUCAAGAUUGAAGAACUCCACAAACAAUAUGGACCCAUUGUGCGAAUAGGACCCAACGAGGUCCAUAUUCAUGACCCGGACUUUUUCGAUGAAUUCUACAAUGUGACCAGCCGACUGGACAAAGAUGCCUGGUACUAUGCUUUCGUUGGGUCGAAAGAUGCUGGCUUUGGCACCGCCAAUGUCGAUCUUCAUCGUGCCAGGCGAAAAGCCAUGAGUCGAUUCUUUGCAACCUCAGCCAUCGCAAACCUGGAAUCAUCGUCACGCGAAAAGGUGUCCAAGCUUUGCCAACGUCUGAGUGAAAUGCGUGAGGAGGGAAAGCCCGUCAACCUUUCCAAUGCCUUUCGCUGCCUCGCUGCCGACUCUGUCACCAAUUACUGCAUGCCAAAGGCCUUUAAUCUGCUUGAUUCCAUUGACUUUGCCGAUGACUACAAUCGUCAGGCGCGCGUCAUCUCGCACAUUGCCGCGUGGCAUCGCCACAUUCCAAUUAUCAUCCCCAUAUUUAUGCGGAUGCCGAGAUGGCUUGUCGCAGCUACCUCGACUGAAGGGGGCUUGAUGGCUUUUGACUUCCAGACAGAUUUGGCACGACAGGCGGCGGACGCCGUUCAUGCGGAGAAAAGGAGCGACAAAUCAGUACUUGAUGGCAUCGUAAAUUCGAAAGACAUUCCAGAGAGCGACAAGACUGUGGACAGAAUAACGCAAGAAGCGCGCACACUGGUUGGCGCUGGCAGCGAGACCACAGGAAACACUCUGGAGACGAUUACAUUUCACGUUCUCGCCAACCCGGACAAGCUUCGCCGUCUCAAGGAAGAAUUAGCCGGUGCGGUUGAGGCAUCCAAGGGUAAGGGAGAUCCUUUGAAUGAUUACAGCACGCUGCAGCGAUUACCAUACCUCACUGCCGUGAUCAAUGAAGGGUUGCGCAUUGCAUGCAGCGUUUCGGGCCGCCUCGCGAGAGUGAACCCUAGACAGGCUUAUACCUACGGCUCGUAUGUGUUGCCUCCCGGGACAGUCAUCAGCAUGGCAAUUCGAAGCAAUCACACCUUUGAGCCAGUAUACCCCGAGCCAUUGUCGUUCAAGCCCGAACGGUGGCUGGUGGAGGGCGAAGAGCUGAAAAGGCUAGAGAAGUACUUUGUGCCUUUCGGACGUGGAGGCAGGAGCUGCAUCGGCAAGGAGCUGGCAAUCAUGAAUCUUUAUCUGACCAUCGCAAACUUCUUUUAUGAGUUUGAUGCCGAACUUUUUGAGACGACCAGGAAGGAUAUUGAGAUUGAGCACGACUAUUUUUCUCCAUUUCCGGCGGUUGACUCAAAAGGUUUGCGGGUCAUGCUGAAGUAG